AUGAGUGAGCAACUGAAGCGCGACUACGAGAUCGGCGAGGAGAUCGGCCGCGGGCGGUUCGGCGUGGUCCACCGCUGCGUCUCCCGCGCCACGGGCGAGCCCUUCGCCGUCAAGUCCGUGGACCGCUCCCUCCUCGCCGACGACCUGGACCGCGCGCUGGCCGAGCUGGAGCCCAAGCUGGCGCGGCUGGCGGGCGGGGAGGGCGACGAGAACCCGGGCGUGGUGCAGGUGCGCGCCGUGUACGAGGACGACGCCUGGACUCACACCGUCAUGGACCUCUGCACGGGGCCCGACCUGCUGGACUGGGUCCGGCUCCGGCGCGGCGCGCCCGUGCCGGAGCCCGACGCCGCCCGCGUCGUCGCGCAGCUCGCCGAGGCGCUCGCAUGCUGCCACCGCCGCGGCGUCGUCCACCGCGACGUCAAGCCCGACAACGUGCUCCUGGACCUGGACCCCGCCGGCGAGGCGCCCCCGCGGGUGCGGCUCGCGGACUUCGGCUCCGCCGCAUGGCUCGGCUCGGGCGCCGGCGCCGGCGAGGGCGAGGGCGGCGCACGGGGCCGCCGCGCCGAGGGGCUGGUGGGCACCCCGCACUACGUGGCGCCCGAGGUGGUGGCCGGCGGCGAGUACGGGGAGAAGGUGGACGUGUGGAGCGCCGGGGUGGUGAUGUACGCGCUGCUCUCGGGGGGCGCGCUGCCCUUCGGCGGCGAGACGCCUGCGGACGUGUUCGCGGCCGUGCUGCGCGGCAGCCUCAGGUUCCCGCCCGCGCUGUUCGCCGGGGUCUCGCCGGCGGCCAAGGACCUGAUGCGGCGGAUGAUGUGCCGCGACGUCUCGAGAAGGUUCUCCGCCGAGCAAGUCCUCAGGCACCCGUGGAUCCAGAGCGGAGGGGGAGUCCGAGAGGUGGUGCGGCCAACCUGA